AUGGAUCUGGUGAACUCGUUCAUGAACUGGGUGGUGCCGCCGGCGAGCAUGGUGAUGCUGGCCUUCGCGUGGCCCGCUCUGUCUUUUCUCCACGCAUGCGAGUGGCUCUACAACACGUACUAUAGCGAGGACAUGGAGGACAAGGUGGUCAUCAUCACCGGUGCUUCUUCCGGUAUCGGAGAGCAAAUUGCUUAUGAGUAUGCCAAGAGGAGAGCGAAUCUUGUGUUGGUAGCACGGAGGGAGUUUAGGCUCAUUGGAAUCAGUGAGAAUGCAAGGCGGAUGGGUGCAAAGCAUGUCCUGAUUAUCGCUGCAGAUGUCGUCAAAGAAGAGGAUUGUCGGAGAUUCGUCAAUGAGACCAUAAGUCUGUACGGGCGUUUGGAUCAUUUAGUGAAUACAGCUAGUCUUGGACAUACAUUCUACUUUGAAGAAGUAACAGACACAUCUGUUUUCCCGCAUUUUAUGGAUAUAAACUUUUGGGGAAAUGUUUAUCCAACUUAUGUUGCGCUGCCUUAUCUACACCAGAGCAAUGGGAAGAUUGUAGUAAAUGCGUCGGUGGAGAACUGGUUACCUCUGCCAAGGAUGAGCCUCUAUUCUGCAGCGAAGGCAGCUCUGGUGAACUUUUAUGAGACUCUGAGGUUUGAAGUCAGAGAUGAAGUCGGGAUAACAAUAGCUACGCAUGGUUGGAUUGGCAGCGAAAUGACCAGAGGCAAGUUCAUGUUAGAGGAGGGUGCGGAGAUGCAAUGGAAAGAAGAAAGAGAAGUGCAUGUCAGUGGGGGGCCCGUGGAAGAGUUUGCAAAGUUGAUUGUAUCGGGCGCUUGCCGAGGAGAUCCGUACGUCAAAUACCCGAGCUGGUAUGACACGUUCCUCCUCUUCAGGGUCUUCGCACCGAACGUGCUCCGGUGGACAUUCCGCCUGCUCCUCGCGACGCACGGUGCUCGAAGGACGUCCCUCGUGGGGACGGGGAGGCCCGUCUGGGAGGGGGCAGGGAGGCCGCUUCUGGAGGGCCCUUCGCCGAGGAAGCUGAUUGCUAGUCCAGUCACCUCUUCGCAGCUCAGCCCUCAGUACCAGCAAAAAAUGGAAUGA